UAUUAUUCUGCAAAUCAUGCCACCUACAACUAUUUCGUAAUUAUUAUUUUUUAAUCAUCUUCAAUUUUUUCUCUGUGGAGAGUCGGCAAUCGGAAUUAGGGAUUUUGCCGGCAAUAUGUCGUAUGCGUAUCUGUUCAAGUACAUCAUCAUCGGAGACACUGGGGUGGGAAAAUCAUGCCUUCUUCUUCAAUUUACCGACAAGCGUUUCCAGCCAGUGCAUGACUUGACUAUUGGAGUCGAGUUUGGGGCGAGGAUGAUCACAAUUGACAACAAGCCCAUUAAGCUUCAAAUAUGGGACACGGCCGGUCAAGAAUCGUUCAGAUCCAUCACUAGGUCGUACUACAGAGGUGCAGCUGGUGCACUUUUGGUGUAUGAUAUCACGAGGAGGGAAACUUUUAAUCACUUGGCUAGCUGGCUAGAAGAUGCCAGGCAGCAUGCAAAUCCAAACAUGUCGAUUAUGCUGAUAGGCAACAAAUGUGACCUUUCCCACAGAAGGGCUGUUAGCACAGAAGAAGGAGAACAAUUUGCAAAAGAAAACGGACUCAUUUUCAUGGAAGCAUCUGCAAAAACUGCACAGAAUGUCGAGGAGGCAUUUAUCAAAACUGCUGCGACAAUAUACAAGAAGAUUCAAGAUGGAGUCUUUGACGUUUCAAAUGAGUCGUACGGAAUAAAAGUUGGGUACGGUGGAAUUCAGGGUCCGUCUGGUGGCAGGGAUGGUAAUUCUUCACAAGGUGGAGGUUGUUGCAGUUAAGAUUUGUGUGUAAGCAGCACAAAAUGCUCAAACGCUAUCUCUGCUCUGCUCUGCACACAGCUUGGGUUCGUUGAAACAAUAUUAAAUUCGUGUAUUUAUUUGAAUUUGUGGUCUCGUUUGUUCCGCUUGUCUGUAAAUUUGACAAUAGUGUCGUGGCUGUACAAAGGAGUGGAACGAUGAGUUUGUGAGAAAAAAAAAACAUACUUUUUUGCAAAGUUGGCAAACUUGGAAAUAACAGUCAAAUUGUGAUGUAUUUAUUCUACAUGUGUUGGUUUGUGGUUUUUGUCCACAUGAGGAAACUCAAUGUAAUUAUAGUGUACCUUUUUUCUUUAAUGUAAUGCAUUUAUUUAU